AUGUUAACGCCAGUCUUCUCAAUAGAGCAGACGGACGAGCAUCUCCUCUUCACCAUCGAGGCCCCGUAUGCGAAAAUCGCCGAAACGGAGAUCGAAUACGCGGAAGAGCUAUUUGUUUUCAGCAGUAAACCCUAUUUUCUAAGGGUACAUCUCCCCUCGCAUGUUUUGGACGACGAGACGGGAUGGGCAAAGUAUGACUCGGAUUCAGGCACUUUUUCGGUCGCCGUGCCGAAAAGGAAUAAGGGCGAAUUCUUCGCUGGACUGGAGAUGAUCACCGAGUUGCUAAGGCCACGUAAAAAGUUGCCGACUGCUCGCCCGGCUGUCGAAGAGGUUGCCGGUAGCUCAUCGCCGAAUUUCGAGGCUUCUGACGAGGACUCAGAUGAAGAAGAAUAUUGCAUGGAGCAAAACCCGACGCGGAUUCUGGACAAUCGAUCAACGAACAAUGAGAGGGGUUAUGGCUUUGCGUGGAAAAGAAGCGGGGUGCUUGGGUCGUUGAUUGCAGAGAUAGAUAAAUUGAUCGAAUUGAAAGACCCGGAAUCGUCUCCGAUAAACGAGCGAGCUCAACAAUGUGUACAACGGGCGAUUGAAACUUUUAAUGGCGACCAUUACUUAGCCGACACCUUCGAGCCGGAUGAUCAGCUCGAGAACGCGUUGCUGCAGGAAUACGUGGUGAAAACAGCGCUUUCUCAAUCCGACAAGAAGCUACUGAUCGAGUUGUCGAGGCGGAAGUUGACGGCAACGACAAAAACCGAGGAUCAGCUGAUCGCCAACUCGCUGGUCGACAUCUGCUUUGCCUUCUGCUAUGACGGGCGGACCACGGAUUGGGAGAAGACUGUCGAAUCGGGCUGGACUAUUGUCAACUUGGCUCCUUCACUCUGCUGGUUGGCCCGUUUCGAUUCCCCACGGGAUGCCCUAAUCGCUGGUUGUUAUAUGGCGUUGUCUCGUCCGCUUUACAGAAAUUGGGCGCUUUGCGAGAAGGUUUUCGCGGAUUUAAAGGCUCUAUUUGCGGCGGGGAGAGUCGCGCUAACGCGGGCACUUUGCAAAAUCCACCGGCUGAUGGUGUCCAGUGGUGAAUUUCGGUAUUUGUUCAACGACCUGCUGCUCGCUGAUUUGCUGGUAUGGAUUCAGAGGGUUGACGAGAGCCUGCUUUCGAAUGUUUCCGCACAAUUGGAGCGAAUUGAGUUGACACGCGCCGACCUCGAGGGCCUAAAUCUCGAUUCCCUGGAAAUGGAAGGCCAAGUGUCGGCGAUGCAGAUCGACGACGAGGAAGUGCUCGAUUCUGAUGAUUCUCCUGCA